AGGACUUCUGUCCCCCUGGGGGUCUCGGGAUGGACCUGUGUCACCCAGACCCAGCGGAGCUGAGCAGCGGAGAGACGGAGGAGCUACAGCAAAUCAAGUGGCACCGGAAGCAGCUUCUGGAGGACAUCCAGAAGCUGAAGGAUGAGAUUGCUGAUGUGUUCGCCCAAAUUGACUGCUUCGAAAGUGCGGAAGAGAGCCGGACUGUCCAGAGGAAGAAGGAGCUAUGCAUUGGGCGCAAGAAGUUUAACAUGGACCCCUGCAAGGGCAUCCAGUAUCUGACUGAACACAAGCUGUUGUCACCUGAUGUCCAGGACAUUGCCCAGUUCCUCUACAAGGGUGAAGGUCUCAACAAGACGGCCAUAGGCAUCUACCUGGGGGAGAGGGACCCAGUCAACCUGGAGGUCCUGCAGGCCUUUGUGGACUGCCAUGAGUUCGCCAACCUCAACCUGGUCCAGGCCCUCAGGCAGUUUCUAUGGAGCUUCCGGCUGCCAGGAGAGGCCCAGAAGAUUGACCGAAUGAUGGAGACCUUCGCCACCCGAUACUGCCUCUGCAACCCAGGCGUCUUCCAGUCCACAGAUACGUGCUACGUCCUGUCCUUCUCCAUAAUCAUGCUCAACACCAGCCUCCACAACCCCAAUGUCCGGGACAAAACGCCCUUCGAACGCUUCGUGUCCAUGAACCGUGGCAUCAAUGACGGCAGUGACCUGCCUGAGGAGCUGCUCUGGAACCUCUUCGACAGCAUCAAGAGUGAGCCCUUCUCCAUCCCGGAGGAUGAUGGUAACGACCUCACGCACACCUUCUUCAACCCGGACCGAGAGGGCUGGCUGCUGAAACUGGGGGGUCGCGUGAAGACGUGGAAACGGCGUUGGUUCAUCCUGACCGACAACUGCCUCUACUAUUUCGAGUUCACCACCGACAAGGAGCCACGAGGAAUCAUACCCCUUGAGAACCUCUCAGUCCAGAAGGUGGAUGACCCCAAGAAGCCGUUCUGCCUGGAGCUCUACAACCCCAGCUGCCGGGGCCAGAAGAUAAAAGCCUGCAAGACAGAUGGCGAUGGCAAGGUGGUGGAAGGCAAACAUGUAUCCUAUCGCAUCUCAGCUGCCAGCGAGGAAGAGAGGGACCAGUGGAUCGAGGCCAUACGAGCCAGCAUCACGCGUGUCCCCUUCUAUGACCUAGUCUCUGCUCGAAAGAAGAAGAUCGCCAACAAGCAGUGAGCCGUCCAGAGACGUGGUGCUGGGGAC